AUGUCUGCCAACAAUGACAAGAAGACUCGCCCAUUUGGAAUGGGCUGGAAGGAACAAGGGAAAAAGCAAGCCGCCGCCAACGGAAACUCUGCUCUCCAACGCAAUGAGUCGAACCGUGCUUGGGAUUGCGAAAACGUGUUCUAUGAUGCAACUGGCGGUCGUCGCAACUCUAAUCGAUCGAUACGGAAUUCUUCAACGUCGAACGGAAACAAAUCGAGGAAUCAACACGAAGCGGCCAACCGCACCUUCGGCCACGAGCAAGAAUAUUACGAUGCUCCGAUAAAGUUCAGUCAUCCGUCAAACAGAUCCUUCUGUGCUAACGAAGCGCCGUAUUUCCAUCCGACUGGCAAUGGUUACAACAAAGUGCAACGUGCGCGUGUCACAAGUAAUACAAGCACCAAUAGUGGGACGUGUCGUGAUGAACUGAGUGGAAGUCUUGGUGGUGGUCGAACAACGAAAAGUUCCAGGAUCAACUCUGCAACGUCGAAUGGGAACUUGAUGCUCCACGGCUAUUCAGGCGACCAACAUGAAUACUCGAAGGCCAGCGGAGAGCCAAUCCAUUCGACAUAUGUCAAUCGAAAUGGUGGAAAUCGUACGAAAAGUGACUCCAGCAGCUAUCCAGCUCCCGAUGUCAACUACAUUAAGAAUUUCGUUUCCCAAAACGCAGUCAAAUCCAUCGGUUCCUAUCAAAAACAGAAAGCAGUGAAUGAAAGUGCGGGCGAGCACCGAGGACGUGACAACCAGCGCAGAAGCCGCAACGCCAGCGCUCGGUCUGCUGUUGGAGCUGGUAACAAGACUUUUAAUGGAUAUGAGCUCCAGCUCGACAAAUCCUUCUUGGAGACGGAUUCUAUGAUGUGUGAUGAGGUGUUUAACGACAACACCACGUUGGACACCACUGGAAGACAAGAUCGUCUGAAUUACUGCACUCGUUCAAGUCAUGACCGCUCCAGUUCUUGCCGCACCAACAAGUCUUUCCCAGCGUUGGACGGCUCACACAAGAAGGACUACAUUCUUCUCACGCAUCGCCCAGCCAGAAAAUCGGAUGAUUUGCACUGCGCCCGUCCACCACUCCCACGCGGUGACGAGAAAGUCGAUUCGAAUAAAACAUUCUCUGCAAUUCGAUAUGGAAGCUCUCAAGCCAAUGUCACCAUCAAAGGAGACCCUGCUGACUGUUGUUACCCGCCUUUGCCAGUCAUUCCUGUUAUUGUACCGCCAGCAGUGAAACCAGCUGAAGUGCCGGUUGUCUGUCCGGCACCAAAAAAAAUCAGCCAGUUGGAAACGAAAAAUCGUUGCACAAACCAAAAAGGAACCUGGAAAAAAAGCAAUCGCAGCUUUCGAGCUAAUGCUGGAUAUCAGCAGGGGCCGUCGUUGACCCAUGAAGAGCUCCUUCAAGAGCUCACAAAGUCUGCGCCCCACAAAAAGGACACAAAGUGCAAAGUUCCAAAAGAGAGGCUUUUUGGAUUUGUCAAGCAGUAG